ACUGACUCAGUAGUAUCUCAGCAGGCAGCCAAACGCCAGCCCUAACACACACACAGAGCAAGAGUGAGGACGUAAAACAAGAGAGUUGCAACUGAGAAGCAAAGAAAUCCUCAUCUAGGCUCUUUUUUUGCACAGUCUUCUGGUUGUUUUGCAUCCUUGAUAUGACCCUGUUCAGCCCAAGAUACAUGAGCAUGAGUGGAGAGCUGAAGUCCAGCCGCUCCAGGGCAGCAAGUAAGAGGGCCAGCAAUACCUCUUACGGAUCUGAGUAUGACCUGGACUACGACAGCUAUCACGACGAUUACUAUGACAGGGUCUAUGAUUACCAGCGUGUGCCGGCAUCCUUAUCUCCUCUUCCACUGGGACCCAGUCUGGCCAAGCGGCCCCGUUCCUCCUCCUAUUCCUCUGGGCACAGACGCAGUCGAGACAGAACCCACUCCAAAAGCUCCAGAGCCCACUCCACCAGUUCAACCACAGCCAAGUUGGGCAUGGAGGAGUUGCAGGUGAUUAAAAAGGAGCUGACUCUGAUAAAGACACAAAUCGAUGGGCUGCUUGACAGUCUUGACAGGAUGGACACACAGAGGAAUGACCACAAAGGGUCUCCCCUGAGAGAGGACAGUCCAGCUGGCUCACCAUACGCUCUGUCAGGCAGCAGCCCUGAGCAUUCCCUCUCAUCCCUCUCCCCACCCAGUUCCCGCCAUCGAAUCCACAGGGAGAGCCCUGAACUUCAGGAGCCUGAUGAUCACACGAUGAACAACCACAGCUCUGAUGCUGAAGAGGAAAUAUGAGGGAGGAAAAUGAGAAGACGUGGAGGACAUGAAUCAAGUGCCAAACACUGAGGAAGAGAACUACAACCAUCAAACUAACACCCGUAUCACAGGCUGUAUUACAUAUCAAAAAACACAAGAUGUUCAGUCAUGUCUGUUUCUGUGACUGUUCUCAGAAAUAAAAUGAAAUCCUGACCUGCCUGACACGUACAUAGCAAAUGUAGCUGAGAACAGAAGAAUUAGGUUGGCUUCUCCAUCAGCAAACCCUUUUCCAGAAAAACAGUUGUGAAAGACUGCUUGAAUCAAGGUGGAGGCAUUCCUGUUGUAAUGUAUGUGUGUGGGUACAUUAACACCAGUAUUCUAGAAUCACCCUAAAUAUCAGAAAAUAAGACAGAACAGGUCUCAAAGUAAAAAUCCCAUUAACAUUUUAUAAUUAAUCUUAAUUACAGUGAAGUCAUUGUCU